CCUCUCCUCAUAGGGGAGUUGGAGACCGAAGUUACAAAAGCAUCAAGACCUUCGGUUCCCAAUUGAACGAUGAGAAGCGAACCAAUGAUGGUAGAAAAGGACGCCACAGUUGUAGGGGCGUAGAUGGUUGAGAGACUCUCCCGUUGUUUCUUGCAUUCACAGACACAGGAACUUCUAAAUGUGCUUUUUAUACCUACGCUACGUCGCUCUUGCAUUACGUUCGUACCUUGCCCCGCAUAUGUCGACGUUCGAAUGGAAGCCGCAGACUUGAAGCUGGCACUGGGCUUGGAUUAGAGCAAAGACACCCAGGACGGGAUCCUGCCACGGGUUUCCUAGGAGGCUAUGCCCGUGGUGAUAGGAUUCGAGGGUAGCGCCAAUAAGAUUGGAGUGGGGAUUGUACGAGAUGGGGAAGUGCUGAGCAACCCCCGGCGGACAUAUGUCACCCCUCCGGGACAAGGUUUCCUGCCAGGUGACACGGCCCGUCACCACCGCUCGUGUGUCCUGGCUGUCCUGCAGGAGGCACUGAAGGAGGCCGGGCUGAAGCCACAAGACAUCGACGCUGUGGCUUUUACCAAAGGUCCAGGCAUGGGCGCCCCUUUGGUGACGGUGGCUAUUGUGGCCCGGACGGUGGCCCAGCUGUGGGGGAAGCCCCUUCUAGGGGUGAAUCACUGCGUGGGCCACAUUGAGAUGGGGCGGCUGCUGACCAGAGCCCAGAACCCAACAGUGCUGUACGUCAGUGGUGGGAACACUCAGGUCAUUGCAUAUUCUGAGCGCCGAUAUCGUAUAUUUGGGGAGACGAUUGACAUUGCAGUGGGGAACUGCCUAGACCGUUUUGCCCGGGUGUUGAAGAUCUCAAAUGACCCCAGUCCAGGCUACAACAUUGAACAGAUGGCCAAGAAGGGCCAAAAGCUGGUUGAACUUCCGUAUACUGUGAAAGGCAUGGAUGUGUCUUUUUCUGGGAUCUUAUCCCAUAUAGAGGAAGUGGCUCACAGAAUGCUUGCUGCUGGGGAGUGCACUCCAGAAGACCUCUGCUUCUCCCUGCAGGAGACUGUGUUUGCUAUGCUGGUGGAGAUCACAGAACGAGCCAUGGCGCACACUGGGUCCCAUGAGGCACUGAUUGUGGGUGGAGUAGGGUGUAAUGAGCGACUGCAGGAAAUGAUGGAGAUCAUGUGCCAGGAAAGAGGGGCAAAACUCUUUGCGACAGAUGAGAGAUUCUGCAUCGACAAUGGGGCCAUGAUUGCUCAAGCUGGCUGGGAGAUGUUCCAGUCCGGUCAAGUUACUGCACUUAAAGAUUCAUGGAUUACACAGAGGUAUCGUACAGAUGAAGUGGAGGUGACGUGGCGGGAUUAACCCCUUACUUUCUGUAUGGAACCAUCAUGUCUUGGAAGCAAUACAAAGAGAAGCAUGAAGAUUGUGGGUGUAGCAGGGUUAUUCAGUGGGAAACAAAUUCAACCUGGAAUAAAUAUGUUGGUUUUGUA